CCGAAAACGAGGUAAAGAUAUGAAAUACGAACUAAAUUAAAAUCAAGCAGCGGCUUUCUGGAGCUUUGUUAGUCCGGGGAUUACGGGCCGCCCGGGCCCAAACUGAUGGGACACCGGUUUCCAGGUCCAUCACUUCCUGCCGUCCGGGUGAAGGUGAAGGUGGAAGUGGGAUCAGCUCUGAGGUUCUGUCCCUGUCGCUGAGCUCAGGGCAGCAGGAGGGUACUCACUGUCGGGAACCGGGAGAAAGGCGGCAGGGACUAAGGUAAAGGUCAGACCGAUGGCCCAAGAGGCCUCCCUACCCCAGACACAUCCCCAACGCUGUCAUCUGUAAUCUCCCUCAACCUGCGGUUGGCCUCUAACCAAAGAUUGGACCCAGACCGACACAGAAACAAACAAGCCAAAGUGUUAAACAUUUGGCAGCCCUUCAGUCUUGAAGAGCAAAGGCAUGCUGACCCUUUCCCAAGGUCAGAACUUCCUUUAACGCACUAACUCCAUUUAUGUAGAGCCUGGUGCCAUCUCAUCCCAAAGUGCUUUUUGGCUGUUUUAAUUUCGGACUGAAAGUUGAAAGGUGAAAUCUGCCGUUGUCGCUGAACAGAGUCCAGAAGUGAAGAAACCCGCUGCAGCAGUCACAAAGAGGAAGUCACUUGUUUGAAUUUUCUGCCAAAUGCUCAUAAGUCAAAUUAGGAAGUUCACCCAUGACAUAAGAGAGUUAGUCAACAGGUACGACAUUCCAGAGACUUUCCAUCAAACAGACCAAGACAAAGCUCAAGCAAGUGCAAGAAUCUUGCAUUGAAUCAAUCAAUUGUCAAAAGACAAAGCCAGACUCCAGCUCCUUCUUUUACCUUGGAAAGGGUUUAAUAUUUGUUACUUCAUCGCAUUGUUUGAUGAUAACGUCGCAUGAUAGGUUGAGACAAUCAGCAGAAAUGAAGACAGGACUUUGGUUUUGGAAUGCAAGAAGACAUCUAUUCAGCUGGCAAAACUGCACUUCUCUGCAAAAAAUCUCAGGACUCCCAGAAAAAACUCAGGCAUGGAAAACUUGCAAAAUAAAAAUCCAAAGAUUAACAUCGAGCAAUAACCAUAAUUAUUCAAGGAGUGAUUCUCCAGUUUGGCAAACCUAUGUUCAAUGCAAGGGGGAAUUGAUACCGUGCACCAGACAUUAUUCAGUCUUGAGAACUAUUGUACACAGUGUAGGACAUGCAUCAAAACGAGGACCAGCAAUCCAAGUAAGCAUGGUCAUCAGCAGAACCUUUUCUUACUACAGCAGAUAUAUGCCUGCUUGUGUUUUAUCAACGAAGCUUUCCAUUCUUGAAGACGCUGCUGACCUUUCUAGAGAUUUUCACACAUCUUCUCGGGACUUAGCCUUACCAAUCCCUCUGCUCUGGAUUCUACUAAAGCCAGUGAAGAAGCUGACAGCGAUGCUUCUCGGCAGAAGUAUACGGAAAUGGUGGCAGGCUCUUCCUCCUGAAAAACAGGACCUGCUCAAAGACUAUGUGAAAAGGAACAAGUGGAGAAUUCUAUUCGGCGUAUGUAGUCUGUCAUGUUUGAUUGCAAUUUAUUUCUGGACCCACUUAGACAAGAAUCCUAUCACAGGACGCACUCGUCUACUGAUGUUCAGCAAACGACAAUUUCUGCAACUCGCUGAAUUUGAGUACCAAUCGGUGCUGGAGAGCUACAAGGAUAAAAUUCUACCUGUGACUGACCCAAUGUAUAAAACCACUCAGUUUAUUUUAAACCAGUUGGUUGAAAAAAACAAAGAUAUCCCGGGAGUUUCUGAAACUACAUGGAGUAUUAAUGUUGUUGACGAUCCAGAGAUAAAUGCCUUUGUCAUGCCAAAUGGGCAGGUAUUUGUUUUGACUGGGCUGUUCAAAGCUGUGGCAGAUACUGAUCAACUUGCAUGUAUUCUAGGUCAUGAGAUGGCUCAUUGUCUCCUUGCUCAUGGGGCGGAACAUGCAAGUAUAAUUCAACUCCUAGAUUUUGUGUGCCUUGUUUUCUUGACACUCAUUUGGGCUACGUUCCCACGGGAUAGCCUUGCUGCUCUGGGACAGUGGAUCCAAAAGAAACUGAUUGAGUACAUGUUCGACAGACCGUACAGCCGGAAACUAGAGUUUGAGGCUGAUGAAGUUGGAUUACGACUUGCCGCUAAGGCAUGCAUCGAUGUGAGAGCAAGCAGUGUAUAUUGGCAACAAUUAGAAUUGAUGAAGAUUGUUUCUGGAACAUUUCAAAUUCCUGAAUGGUUUUCCACUCACCCAUCAAAUGAUCAUCGAGUUGAACACCUGGAGAAGCUAAUGCCUCAGGCUAUAAAAUUACGAGAGGACUGUAGUUGUCCUUCCUUACCAUCUGUGGAUCCAAGAUUGGUCUUCAAGCUCAGCAUGCAGGAGAUAUUGAAAGUUUCAAAGAAGAGGGAAGAAGCAAUUUGCUCAGAUUCUGAAACUAAACAUCUUUCUCAGUGUUUUGAGCCUAGUCCAGCCAUGAUUGAGAAGAUACCUAUAGUCGUUCCAGUACAAGCACUCCAAAGUACACAAAGCACUCAUAAGUAAAUGUAUUUCAUUUUUAUUCACUUCUAUGACAUGAAAAUCAGCAUUUGUGUUUUUUUUUAAACUCCUAAGAGAAGUAGAAAUGUUCUAUGCCUAUUGUGAUCCCAAAGCAAAUAUUCAAUCAUGUCCUGAAUUUUGAGGAUUUCUGUAGUUAUCCUCCUUUAAUAUUUCAUAAUUGAGCUUAGUUCUUUUUUUAUCUUGAGUGCAGACAAGCACAGUAGGAAAUCACUGUUGCUUGGAAAGACAUCAUUGUAUGGGACAUUUUUGGCAACAGAGUAUUUAUUAGCUUCGGUGUUGCAACUCACUCAGAGAUAGUAAGAAUUGCUGAUGCUGGAGUCUGAGAUAACACUGUGGAGCUGGAGGAACACAGAAGGCCAAGCAGCAUCAGAGGA